AUGGUUUCGUUCGUUACCAAGCAGCGCACAUCACUGGAUACGAACUACGUCUGUAAUGACGACAUAUGGUCACGAUCACGAUCAGCUUGUGUUACCCGGACAUUGGUGAAACCGAGUAAGCCAAACCGGGAGAGUCCAGCUGGGUGCAUCACGACGAACGGGGCAUGGUCUGAUCUGUCACAUGGUCUGACCACUGCCGAACCAACCAACCGGACAAAGCACAAGCAAAGGCAACAGCACAGGAAAAAGAAAAGAAGUAAACAAGUAAACAACAACCACAAACAAACAAACAAACAAACCACAAAGACAAGUUUUUCGCGUUCUGGCGUCUCGAGCGUCCUACGCUUAUCGCUGAGCCCAAUUGCUCUCCUAUUGCCUGCUUCUGCGCCCCUUCCCUCCCCGACCCCUGCGGGCGUCCCGUUCCUCGCAAAAUACUGGCACACACAGCACUUCACACAGAAAAAAGGAAAGGGGCAGACACACACACACACAGAGAACGCUGCGCUCUGUUCUUCUCUCACACUCUUCCCAAGGUUGCUAAAUUUAGCAACAAUAUCUCCCGAAAUGCACAAAAACCCAAAAAACAAAAUUUUAAAUUUUGUCGUCAUUCCCUUCUUCUCCGCUGUUUUCACAAAGCUUUUUCACUUCGCUUUUGUGUCUCUGCUCUGCUCCCACCCCCUUCUGGCCCGUAGCCGGAAAACAUCCCAGAUCUGGUAA